AUGUUAAAGCAAGGGUUGAAGAGUGUGGAAGCAUACUUUGAUGAGUUUGAGGAUUUGCAGAUGAAGUCCAAGAUAAAAGAGCAUGAGGAGUGCACUAUUAUAAGGUUUGUAGCUAACUUGAAUCAGGACAUCUCUAAACCGAUGAGGCUCAAGACUUAUAAUAGUCUUGAAGAGGCAUUUCAUGAUGCAUCCAAGUGCCAAGGAAGAGGGCACAUUGCGAAUGAGUGUCCCAACCGGAGGACUAUCACAAUAGUGAGGGAUGGGUAUCGAACCGAUGAUGAACAUGAGGGCGGGGUUGGUCAUGAAAAAGAAGGAGAAAGAAGUGAGUGUGAGGGUGACUCCGAUGAAGAGGUUGAGAUAAGGUAUGAGGAAGCCUUGAAUCAUGUUAUUGUGGCUAGAAGAGCCAUGGAGGCUCUAGCUAGGGAAGAGAGUGACAAAAGGGAGAACUUGCUUCAUGCACGGCGCAAAAUUGUGGAUAAGGUCUGCUCAUUAACCAUUGAUGGUGGGAGUUGCACGAACGCCGUUAGUCAAUUUUUAGUUGAAAGUAUGAAAUUCCACACCCAUAAGCACACUAAUCCCUAUAAACUCCAAUGGUUUAAUGAUGGUGGUGAAAUGAGGGUCAACAAGCAAGCCAUUAUGAAAUUUAGCAUUGGAAAGUACCAAGAUGAGAUUUUGUGCGAUGUGGUACCCAUGCAAGCUUGCCAUUUAUUGCUUGGAAGACCUUGGCAAUUUGAUGUUGAUGCCCAACAUAGUGGGAGGACUAACCAGUACUCAUUUGUGGCUUAUAGGAGCAAUCCGGAAGAAACAAAAGAAGUGCAAAGGCAAGUGCAUGAGCUUCUUAAAAAGGAGCUAUUGAAGGAGAGUCGUAGCCAGUGUGCCAUUCCAGUGAUUCUUGUUCCAAAGAAAGAUGGCACUUGGAGGAUGUGCAUUGAUAGUAGGGUCAUCAACAAAAUCGCGGUAAAGUAUCGCCAUCUCAUUCCGAGGCUUGAUGAUAUGUUGGAUGAGCUUUGUGGCUCAACUAUGUUUUCGAAGAUUGAUCUUAGAAGUGGCUAUCACCAAAUUCGAAUGAAUCCCGGUGAUGAGUGGAAAAUGGCCUUCAAAACUAAUUUUUGCCUCUAUGAGUGGCUUGUCAUGCCAUGUGGACUAACCAAUGCACCUAGCACAUUUAUGCGAUUGAUGAACCAUGUCUUGAAACCUUUUAUCAAUACCUUUGUGGUUGUCUACUUUGAUGAUAUUCUUGUGUAUAGCAAAUCAAUAGAGGAGCAUGUAGACGAUUUGAGACAAGUAUUUAAUGUAUUGUUGCGCGAGAAGUUGUUUGCCAAUCUCAAGAAAUGUUCUUUUUGUGUUGAUAAAGUGGUGUUCUUGGGUUUUGUGGUGUGUGCAAAUGGUUUGGAGGUUAACGAAGAAAAGGUGGAAAUGACGGGAUUUGAAAGCCUUAAGGGAUUAUAUUCUCAAGAUCCCGACUUUAAGACAAUAUGUGAGGAGUUGACCCAAGGGAGGAGGGUUGAUAGGUUCCAACUUAUUGAUGGGUUCCUAUUCAAGGAUGGUAGAGUUUGUGUCCCAAUGAGCUCAUGGAGAGAGCUGUUCAUCAAGGAAGCACAUAGUGGUGGAAUGAUGGGCCAUUUUGAAGUGGGAAAGACACAUGAUAUUUUGGGUGAACAAUUCUAUUGGCCCAAGAUGCGACAUGAUAUUGAAUAG